UUUAACACCAAUAAUCUUCUGAAAGCUGACUACGAUCAUGCCAGCACAUAUUGAUAUGAGAACGGCAUUGCCCGCACCAGGACAUUCCCAACCGUCGCCCAUGAGCGUUUCGCGAAACCAGAUUCCCUUGAUCCUCUCUCGACGUUUUCAAAGAGCAGCAGGCUUACUCGGAGCACUCAAUAAAUCAGGAGAAGACGUUACUGAGGAGACCCUGGUAAAGCCGCACGGCGAACCACACAAACCGCGAUUACCACCUAUAUCUCAUCGUAAUACCAGGCACUCAGAAAGCUCUGCCUCUUCAGAGCGGGGCAUAGGGAAUGCUGGCUCAUCCCAUCCCGCGGCUACCUCCAAUGCUCUUGAUUCACCCACACCCGACCGACCUUCGAAUAUUCGUCGGAAAAACUCACAAGCACCGAACCUACCACCCGCUACUCCCUACAAACCUUUCCCCCUGUCAGAGACCUCUAGUUUUUCCCCCGCCUCAAUCCCAAAAGGCAAGCUCCGGUCAUUAGCACCUCAAACGGUAGCGAAAUACGAAGCAUAUACCGCACCACCAGCUCCAGUGGCACAAAUGAUUGAGCGGAGUGGGCAACGUGCAAAGGCACGAUUACGGGACGAAAAGCGCCUCGUUAGGCAACAAAUUGAAGCAGCGAGAAUGAAAUGGGGAAACGGAAAAGAAAGGGAAGAUGCUGGAGAGGAGAUGGCUCGACGAGCGCGAGAACGAAUGAGAAAGAAGCUGAACAAGGCUUUGGCAUUUAGAGAAAUGGAGCUCCAGUUUCUUGUUGAGGGCCAGCGGAACUCUAUUGAUGCCAUCAGACUCAAAGAAUAUCUUGCCUUACGACCACAUAAAACCAUCGAUAUUCCCAAGGAUAUGUAUACCGAUGAAGACCGUGUACGUGUAGAUCGGUUGCUAGCAGGUUAACUUAAUAUACGAUCUCCACACCUGUGAGCAC